AUGGGUCUCGCAGGACCAAAGAUAAAACAACGAAUUUCAGCUAACCCUAGAAAUGUUGCCUGGAGCAAUGAUACAAAAAAAUUUGGUCAUCAAAUGUUAUUAAAAAUGGGCUGGGAGCCUGGUAAAGGACUUGGCUUAGAUGAAAAUGGAGUACAAGAAAACAUUAAACUUUCUAUUAAAAAAGAUAAUCUUGGAAUUGGAGCAUCAAAAAAGACAGUAGACAAUUGGUUAGAUAAUUCUACUGCAUUUGAUGAAUUAUUAAAAGGAUUAAAUCAACAAACGCAAAUUAAUUGUGAUAUUGAAGAUAAUAACUCCUCGUUGUCAUCAUCACCUUCUUCUUCUCCUAAAUUUGAAAUAAAACUUAAAACGAGUGAAAGUGAUAAUUCUAGUAACAUGUUCUCUAGUCGUCUCGCUCAUCGAGCAAAAUUUUUAAAGAGCAAAAAGGCAGUAAUGAAAAAUACUAAACGUAUAAACGAAAUUAUGGGAAUAAAAUCCAAAUCCAGUACAAUUGAUGACAAUAAAAUUGAUGGCACAAUUGACGAUACAAAUUCAUCUAAUUUUGAAAGGAAUUCAAAUAAUUCUGAUGAUAAUGACAAUAAAGAAGAUAAUUUAAGCAAAAAAAAUCAAACCAAUGAUUUGUAUGGAAAAUGA